AUGGACUUGUUCCCCGUUGUUUCCGGCCUUGUCAUUUCAUGCAGCAUCAUCGCCAUCAAAGCGACACGGCUACUGGGCUACGCUUUCUCACCCUUCAAGCUCCUCCUGCUCUGCGUGGGCAUGGUGGCUGUGGUGGGGGCGGUAGUGAACCGCCCACGAGCGGUGUACCUCGUGGAUUACGCUUGCUUCCUUCCCAGUCCCACCUCGCGUUUCCCCAACGCAACCUUCAUCGAGCAUGCUCGCCUCGUGCCGGCGUUCGCGGACGAUCGCACUAUCCGCUUCAUGACGCGCGUGCUCAGCAGCAGCGGUAUCGGCGACGAGACUAGCCUGCCCCCCGGCGACCACUUCAUCCCGCCAGACAACAACUUGGACAUGGCGCGCGACGAAGCUGAGCUAAUCAUCUUCUCUGCCAUCGAUGAACUGUUGGCCAAGUCCGGUGUCACCCCUGACGCCAUCGACAUCGUCGUCGUCAACUGCAGCGUCUUCGCCCCCGUGCCGUCCCUCACCGACAUGAUCAUCAACAGAUACGCGCUCCGCAGCGACGUCCGCAGCAUAAAUGUUUCUGGGAUGGGGUGUAGCGCCGGAGUGAUCUCGGUGGGACUCGCGGCUAGCCUUCUUCGUGUGUUGCCCCACGCCCACGGUGCUGCGCACGCUCUCGUCGUGUCCACGGAGACCAUCACGCCCAACCUGUACGUCGGCAAGGAGCGCGCCAUGCUACUGUCCAACUUGCUCUUCCGGGUGGGUGGCGCCGCCGCGCUGCUGUCCACAUCCAAGGACAAGGCGCGGUUUCGCCUCGCCCACCUCGUGCGAACCAUCACCGGCGGCGGACAAGACAGCUCCUACCGGUGCAUCUUCCAAGAGGAGGACGCGGAUGGUAACGUAGGGGUCAUCCUUUCCAAGGACCUGAUGUCGGUGGCCGGCGACGCGCUCAAGGCCAACAUCACAGCCCUUGGCCCGCUCGUGCUCCCCUUCUUCGAGCAGCUGCGCUUCGUCGCCAACAAGAUGGUGCUCGAGCUUGCCCGGCGAGCCGGCGUGAAGCCUUACCUCCCUGACUUCCGCAAGGCCUCACUGCGCUUCGUCGGCGUGAAGCCGUACGUCCCUGACUUUCACAAGGCGUUCCAGCACGUGUGCAUCCACGCCGGGGGGCGUGCAGUCGUCGACAAGGUCCAGUCGAGCCUCGGGUUGUCGGACGAGCAUGUGGAGCCAUCUCGCAUGACGCUUCACCGGUUCGGGAACACGUCCAGCAGCUCGGUGUGGUACGAGAUGGCAUACGUCGAGGCCAAGGGCCGAUUGCGGAAGGGCGACCGUGUCUGGAUGGUUGGGCUCGGAGCGGGGGUCAAGUGCAACAGCGCCGUCUGGGAAUGCAUCCGUCCCGCAGCCGAGCCAGACAAGGCGUGGGCCGGAUGCAUACGUCGCUACCCAGUAAACAUUCCUGGUCUCAACGUCAAUGCGGCAGCUCAAAAUGACCCCAUAAUUGCAGUGUAG